AUGGUGUCCUUCUUUUCAUCGUCUAAGGGAGCUGCGCCCCAGGACGAUCAGAGCCAGCCUGGACCUUCGAAGAUCAGCCCACCUUCGCAGUCCCCACCUACAGCUGCGCCUGCUCCUCCCAUGAGUCGGCAGACUGCAAGUACCAGCAACUCAUCCCUGUAUGCCUCCAUGGAGGACUCGGCUUUGGUCGUACUCACACGCACGGCCGCAUUUACAGCAGGAGGUGGACUUCUAGGCUCGGCCGUAGGCAUUAUGAGGGCAGAGGCCAACGUCCCGCCCAUUCUCCUCGCGGUCAGGGGAGCUCGAUCCACCUUCCUCUUCGCAGGGCCUUUCUAUGCCGUGAGAGAAUACAUUCUCAACCCUUUAUGGGCGACCUAUCUACCUCCAGCAGAAGGACAGCGGCGGUCGCCCCAUUUCAAGGACCUAGGCACAAGUCCCCUCGCUGGAGGGAUCGUCGGACUGAUCACAGCGCUGAUUACACGUCGGGGUGCUCAAGUCGCGCAAGCCACAGCUCUGUAUGCCGCGAUCUGCUUCUCUGGACAAGUAGUGGGCAACGAGCUCAACGUCUUGCGGCUGAGACAGGUUGCCAAGGGCGAGGAGAGGGAGCGCGAACAAGUGGAGAACGGCGCAAGGGACAGCGUCAGAGAUGGCCCCCUCAUUCGAGGCUUUGCAUUCAAGGAAAGGGAGACCGACUCUUUCCCCAAGGAGAAGGCGGACAACGAGACUUUCUUCGGCAAGUUCUUCUCCUCGAUACCGAGAGUCGCAAAAAUCUCUGACGAGGAGUACAUCAGCAAGUUGGAGGAACGGAGGAAAGAGCUGGAAGAGGAACUCAAGGCAGUCGAACAAGAGGCCUGA